CAGUUAGAGGUUGAUCCUUAUGGAUUUUAUAUGAGAAUAGCGUCCCCAACUCCUAGGAACUAGCUAUCACAUAGGGCGCGAAAAGAGGAAGCAGAUAUAUGGAGACAACUCCGACAAAAAUUUGAUAUGGAGAGUUCAAGAUCAAAUUCGGAGAAGGAAACACCUUCAAAACCAGAAGAAAAAUAGGCGGAGGUGGUUUCUAAAGCAUAGGAGACUGAACAAGAGCAUGUCCCAAUGGAGACAGGACAAGAGGGCACUACUCAGAUACCACAAACACAUAUUGAAGCAUCUAAUGGUGCAGGGAAGGCAAAGGAAGAUAUACCAGUGGACAAUGAUACCAUUAAGAAAUGCAACAAUGUAGCUGGUAGAGCAGGAGCAGUGAAACAACUUACAGCUUGUAAUAUUAAAGUACAAACGCAAAGGAAGCUAGGAGGGAGGGUGUGGAGAAGACAAGAACAAGGGAGGACAAGGGAAACAAACCCUCCACAGCUUACCCUGCAAAAGAGAGGACUAAAAUCUACGGAGGAGAACAUCUUUCAGGGGGAAAAUGAGAGAAAAAGUCAGAAGAAGGCGAAGACUUUAGUUUUCCCCAAACCAGCAGACACAGAGGACCUCAAACACAAUGAGCAGAUGGUUGGCGAUGUGGCGGACCCUGAUAGUACUCAGGGCCGCCUAGCCCAAUGAUCAUCCUAAGUUACAACUGUCGGGGGCUCGGGAAUACCCCGACAGUUGAGAAGGUGAAGACGUUGUUAAGUCAAACCAAUCUCGAAGUGGUCUUCUUGAUGGAGACGCGACAGUACAAAAAAGAAUGGAAACAAAAGAUAAAAGAGUUUGGCUACUAUGAUGGGCAAGGAGUAGCAACAAGAGAGAAUAGAGCUGGAGGACUACUCCUCAUGUGGAAAGAAGAAGUUUUAGUGGAGGUGAAAAAUUGUACAAGAAAUUACAUAGAUGCAAAGGUCAAGUGGACUAACUCUCAGAGAGAAUGGCGCUUGACUGGCAUUUAUGGAUGGCCAGAAACAAAAAACAAGCGUAAGACCUAUGAACUGCUUAAAGAGCUCUACCAUAGAGUUCAAAUGCCUUGGUUGGUGGUGGGAGAUUUCCACUUGAUAACUGAUUACCUAGAGAAGAAUGGAAACCACAGUUCUGAGGUUAGAGAAAUGGACAUGUUCAGACAGGCCCUAGACUACUAUGGCCUGGAGGACUGUGGGCACUAUGGUUGAACCUUCACUUGGGAUAACAAUAAAAAUGAUGGGGAUUACACUGAAGAGAGGUUAGAUAGGGCAUUGGGAACAAAGGAGUGGAUGGACUGCUUCCCUAAUAUGAGGGUGUAUCAUUUGGAUCGAUGUGGCUCAGACCACAUCCCAAUACAAGUAAAGUUGGACCUAGAAGACGAAGAAAUUACCUGGGGAUGAUGCUUCAGGUAUGAGCCUUACUGGGAAAGGCACAAAGACUGUCGAACAGUAAUUGAGGAGGGAUGGAUGGCACAGAGACCUGUUGGCAUAAUGGACAGAGUGCAGAGCUGCAGGGAUAAACUCCAAACCUAGAGCUCUGAAGCUUUUGGAUCCCUGAAAAAGAGAAGAAAGCAAGCUGAGAAAGCUCUGAGGAUUCUGGAAAAGAGGAAAAGAUCAAAAGCAGUGUUACUGCAAAGGAAAGUAAUAGAGAAGAAACUUAAUGAUAUUAUUCUACAAGAGGAAAUUAAAUGGAAACAGAGUUCUAGGGAGGAUUGGUUCAAAGAAGGAGACCAAAACACAGGCUAUUUCCACCGAAAAGCAUCUGAAAGACGAAGAAGGAAUACAAUCAGAAAACUUCAAGAUGAAACGGGGAAAGUUUUCACAGGUCAACAGGGGUGAUCCACUGCCUAGUCACUUAUCUGAAGACCUUAUUUAAGGCAGGAACAAGACCAGGCAAUAACACAAUCAUGGAGGCAGUAAUAGCAAAAGUCACCCCAGAAAUGAACCAGGAGCUUCUUUUGCCUUUUACGGAUGAGGAAAUUUGGUAUGCUCUUAAUUCUUAAACACAUGGGGCCAAAUAAGGCUCCAGGGUCUGAUGGUAUGCCAACAAGAUUUUCCAAAAGAAUUGGACAGUCGUGGUGCCAGCAGUAAAAGAGGAACUUAGAAGCUAUUUAGAGAGUGGUGAAUUUCCCCUGAGUUGAACCACACUCUAAUAGCUUUGAUACCAAAAACGAAAAAACCUACAACUCGUAUUGAAUUCAGGCCAAUCAGUCUAUGCAAGGUUUUGUACAAGAUUAUGUCCAAAGUCCUAGCCGUCUGCACAAAGUUAUUGGAGAGGCACAAAGUGCUUUUGUGCCUGGUAGGUUUAUAACUGAUAAUGUUCUAGUUGCUUUUGAAUGCUUUCAUGCCAUGAAACAAAAAGAAAGCAAAACAGGGGCUGAUGGCAGCAAAACUGGACAUCUCUAAAGCUUAUGAUAGGGUGGAGUGGUCUUUUCUUCAGGAAAUGAUGAUGAAGUUAGGUUUUGAGGAGUGUUGGGUUAAACUGAUUAUGAACUGCAUCACCACUAUUUCUUAUUCGGUGUUAGUCAAUGGCCACCAAUCUGAGACUUUCACCCCGGAAAGAGGUUUGAGACAGGGAGAUCCUAUCUCUCCUUAUCUAUUCUUGAUGUGCGUUGAAGGUCUUUCUGUUCUCACUAGUAAGGCAGUUAAUGAAGGGAGGCCACAUGA